GUAUGGUGAUAUCAAACAAAGAUUACAUUGUGUGGGAGAAACCAAACCACAACACUCAAAAUCAGAAAUAAAUAAAUAAAUAAGCGGAGAAAGAUCCGGCAACCAAUUUCUCAGACAAGAAUGGCAGCAAUAACUGCUGCUGCUUCAACUGUUAAUUUUGGAAAGAUUGAGCAGCAUGGUUGCCUCUUUCCCGCUAAACCCCAAUUAUCCCAUUCUUCAACUUCUCCAAGAAUCAUUGCUAUGGCAUCCCAAAAGAAGGUGAAUAAGUAUGACCCAGGAUGGAAAAAACAAUGGUUUGGAGCAGGACUGUUCUUCGAAGGGAGUGAACAGGUUGAAGUAGACGUGUUCAAGAAGUUGGAGAAAAGAAAAAUUCUGAGCAAUGUUGAGAAAUCUGGGCUACUAUCAAGAGCAGAGAAGCUUGGAUUCACACUCUCUUCCAUUGAGAAAUUAGGGGUGUUUUCCAAGGCAGAGGAGUUGGGAUUGUUGAGUUUAUUAGAGACAUUCGCUAGUUUAUCUCCCUCAGUCUUGGCAUCCGCAGCAUUGCCCUUCCUAGUAGCAGCUAUCUUAGCAGUUGUUCUCAUUCCUGAUGACUCAGCUGGCCUUGUGGCGGCACAAGCGGUGGUUGCUGGCAGUUUUGUUGUUGGGGCUGCCGGUUUGUUCGUUGGGUCUGUGGUGUUGGACGGGUUACAGGAGGCUGAUUGAUAAGGAAUUGGGUUUGUAAGUCGUCUCUGUGUACAUGUUAGUGGCUGAAGGUGUGGGUGUGACACUGGAAAAACAUGUUUUUGUCUAAGACAUUUUGUGCAUUUAAUCUGCAUAUUGUAAACAAAGAGUAGGAAUCCUGACAAUUAUGGGUUGAAUA